CCAAAUGAUGAAAUAAAAUUAAAUGAUUUUAAGAAAACAAAACACGAAGAAGAACUGUUGUGUCUGUGUGCGAAUUCGUCCGUCAUACAUCGGAGAGAGUCGCGCGAGAGAGAGAGACUCAAUAGCUGGUCACAGAUUCAGACCAUCGAGAGCUUCGUACGAAUUAAACCCUAAAAUCUGGUCAUCGAUCUCCACCACAGUCUUAACCCAAACCAACCAGGUACUUCUCCUCCGUCAUCAAGCCCACUGUUCCUGUCUCUCCACCGUCUCCUGAAUCUCCGAUUCUCAGUUUCGUCGUCUAGUUGUCUUAAUCGCUUCAUCCGAUUGCUGUUCCAAUCGUAUAUUACACCAAGGAGAGAAGCUUCUUCUUUCACCUCCCCCCAAUUCGAUCUGAGUAGGGUUUUUACAAAAUCGCCUCCAUGAUCCAAUUCGAUAAUAAAGACUAAAGCUUUGUGGAGAUUCGUCUCGUUUGAUUUUGAAAAGUCUCAACCUUUUUGUUAGACGAAUUCAAACCAAUGGUGACAUUUGCUUUUAUGAAUAGUCUCCGAACCAUAUGGCCCUUGUCACUAUUCACCAACGACAUAAAGGAAUCAAAGGAGCUUCUCCAGAGACUCUCACUCCCCGACACCACAAAGAACUUCAUAUUCGCCAUCAGAGUCCCCGAGCACGACUCCACCAUCUACAUCCUCUCCGCUCAGAACCUCUCUCAGAGAUCCGCCACCGACGCUGAGUCUCUCAUACGCGAGCUCCGCCCCGACGCCGUCGUUGCUCAGGUGAACAAAUCAGCUUUCGGAGAAGCUCAAGCCGAGGAGACUGUCUCGGGAACGGACUCUAUCCCGAUACCGACGUCGGCUUUUAGAGUUCUCAAGCAGUGUUUUGUGGACAAGGUGAACAAAGAGAAGUACGAGAGCGUCGCGGGGAUCUUGGUGCUGAAGGAGAUCUUCGGGACGAGUUUUAACGGACACGUGUUGGCUGCUAAGAGGGUUGCUUCCGAGGUUGGUUCUUCCUUCAUGGUGCUUGAGUCUCCUUUCGUGAACAUCGCUGCUAUCGAAGGGUCUUAUGAGGAAAGUGAUACAGGAGGAGGGAAGGUGCAGGGUUUAGCUAAUAGUCUUGUACCGCAAAGCUCUGGUGGCUCUGCUGUGUUGUCAGGUUCGAGGAGGUUUCUGAUCACUAACGAUGUUCAGACACAGAUGCUGAAGCUGUUAUCUUCGCAUAUCACUCAGCUUACCCCGUUGAGCUGCGUCGCCAAUGGAGUUUCAAGUAAUGGUUACGAGGUUCCACCGUUUGCUGAAUCUAUUUACUCUUUGCUUGUGGAUCUUCGUGACAUAUUUGAUGAUUUGCCGUCUAUUAGGAAAGCUUUAGCCAGUGCUAGAAAGAUGUUGUCUGAUGUAGAUAGAGGGGAAGCCAUGGAUACUGAUGUUCUCUCCGAAGUUUACCUUUUCCAGAUUGCGGUUGAAGGUCUUAGAAUCGCUUUGAACAAUGCUGGUCGGCUACCGAUCAAGAACCGAACCGAAGAUCGGUUUGAAAACCUCUCUUCCGAGGAGAAAUCUUAUGCACUUAUGGCGGAUCUUCUUCGUAGCCAGGCUAAGAGGUUUAAGAACAUAGUAGCGGUGGUUGAUGCGAGCAACCUCGCGGGUCUAAGGAAGCACUGGAGGACUUGUGUUCCUCAAGAAGUCAAAGAUCUGUCUGAGCAUAUGGUGCAGGAUUUUGAUAACGAGGAGAGUGGUAAUGACUCGAAGCUGAAACGGUUGUUGUCUGAUAAACCUGUUGUAGCGGUUGGCGCAGGAGCAACUGCUAUUUGGGGUGCUUCAUCACUCUCCAAGGCUAUCUCUGCUUCUCCUUUCUUCAAGAUCAUGACUUUCAAAGUCCCGGCUUCACUGAACCUCUUCUUGACGCAUACUCACAAGGCGAUGACUUAUGCAUUCACCAAAGUGGCGUAUCCUUCUAAAGUGAUGGCUCCUGGCUUUGCUAGCUCUGGAGCCAAAUCAACUUCUCUGGUGAAAGCUUCUCUAUCAGCUGAGAAGAUCAGAGCGGUGACGCAUAGUAUUAUAGCUUCAGCUGAGAAGACGAGCUUCUCUGCCAUGAGGGCUGCGUUCUAUGAGAUAAUGCGGAAAAGAAGAGCAAAACCUAUCGGUGCCUUGCCGUUGGCAACGUUUGGAGCCAGUCUUUCGACUUGUGCAGGACUGCUUCUGUAUGGAGAUGGGAUAGAAUGUGCAGCUGUGUCUCUUCCUUCAGCUCCUUCGAUUGCGAAAUUGGGUCGAGGGAUUCAAAACUUGCAUGAGGCGUCACUAGAAGUGAGAAGUAGAGAAAGCAACAGGAUACAGAAUGCAAUCGAGGCUCUUAGGCAAAAGCUGAAGAAGUUCAGACUUCAAUGAAGAACAGAGUUUUUUGACUUUCAUUAAAAUAUUUUUCUUUUUAGCUACUACUGUAUGUAUAUAUAUAUAUUUACAUGUUCUCUCUUAUGUAGAUGCAUGUGUCUUUGUUGGACUACACUUGUUUGGUUUGAACAUAUAUAAUAAUCUCUUGAUGGUGACAAAAAAAAUAAAUCUUGGUUUUAGUAGAUA